CUUUCUGAUAUUUUUCCGAACUGGUGGAGUGGUGGGCGGGAGAGAGGGAGAAGGAUAAUGGGAAUAUCAGCCUCAAAACGAGUCAAGAACUCACUUUCGAACUCGCCCGAUUUCGACUCAGCCUGCGAUUCCACUUUCUCCCACUGCCUUGACCUAACGCAGCACGCAUACGCCGGUGUUUUCCCCUACCAACUCUGCACCGCCGCCGACCACCUCCACCGUCUCCUCACCACCGUCCGCCCUCAUCCACUCAUUUCCAAGUGGCUUCCCUCUCCCCCGACUCGGCAACAGGUCGACUCAGCCCUGCGAGCCGUCAAUCGCGAAGACGCAGACCGUGAAGACGAAGAAACCCUAGGACCGAUCCGCUUCAAGCGUUGGGCGAUCGAGCUAUUCGCAGAGGCUGUAGUGAAGAAUGUCAGCAAAGAAGUGAUGUUUCGAGUUCCGGUCGGAAUUGCAGGAAUCGCGGGAAUCGGCGCCGUGACUCGGUCGGGGAAGGACCUGGUUGGGACUAUGAUUGCAGUGUACGCGCUUGGCGUUGCGACUUCGAUGUACCUUGGCUUGUCUGGACAGUAAACGGAGCGGUGGAUGCUGUUUGUAAAUUACUUGUUUUUGUUGAAGGUUAAGUAUGGAAUAAAACUAUGUCCUCCUUUUAUUUUAGUUUUUA